UAAAAAAUAUUAAAAUUAUGUCAAUAAAGUAUGCUGUUAUUGCCAGGGAUCCGAAGAUGCCUCUCUGAGAAUACACUGCAGACUCCAGUUUUCCUGAGAAAGUCAAGACUCAGAUGGAGUACUACCUCCAGGAAGGAAUUAAAAUGCAAAGAAAUGCUUCUAACAUAGAGAAUUAUAAUGAAUACAUAGCCUGUACUCUAUACGAUACCAUCCUGUUUGGCUGUAUCUGUGAUGCUAGUAUUAACGAGGAUAAAGCAUUUAGAUUCUUAAAAGACUUGAAAGUCGAAUUUGCGAAGGUUUAUAAAGGCCAUCUUGGUAAAGUUCAUGAGCAGAAGAACCUUAAGCCUUUAUGUCUUGAUAAAUACUUCAGGAAGACCUUUAUCAAGGUAUUUGAUAACUACAGUACAGGGAUUAGUUCCACAAAUCUCCACUUAGCCUUCUCUAAGGCUGAAGAAGUUAAAGAAAUUGCUCAGAAAAACGUGAAAGAUAUGAUUAAAUAAUGUUCAAGAGACUGAUGAUUUGCUACAAAAAUCUGAGAAUUUUGAAAAAUAAUGCGCACGAAAUGGAAAAGAUCCAAAGGAAUACAAACUUCUGGCUCUGCUCCAGAAGAUGCCUUGCACUAUUUGGAGGGAUAGCGUUAGGCUUAGGUAUAGUUUACCUUAUCCUCUCGUUCUCAAUAUGAGGCAACCUUGCUCUACUUACUGGCUGAUAGGAAGAUUUUAUUGAUUAAUUUGUUUCAAGAGUGC